AUGGAAUGUUGCAUACAUUUUGGUCUCUGUCAAGUUUCCUUCUCCUUCAUACCAUUUUUUAACCUGUCUUCAAGCAAUGUGGUGGCUGCUGGUGCUCGUGCCGGCAGCGCUGGCACUGAACUACCGCUGUCAGAACGACCAGGUGCUGGUCGUGCAGAGCUUCGAGUUGAGCACACUUGCUGUAAUCUAUUCAACCCACGCCCACCACAUACCAUACCCACACAUGUUGGUAACGACUGCUUUAUCUACGAGUUACCGGAUGGAUCUACCCAUCCCAAACAGCCCUCAGUAACGGGCGACGACCCACCGUACACAGUUUUGAAGAGCGCCGCUGAGAUUCCGGAACAAAUCGAUGGAAUUUCGGGCUAUCGUCUGCGGCUUUACCUUCUCAAAAACAAAGCGCCACCGACUCUUUUGGUCAAAGGGAUCGAACGACGACUCGAUGGUUACCGUGUGACCAUUUGCCGGCCACGUUGCACUUCAUACGAAGCCGUAGAUAAGGAUCCAGAGAGCGAUGAGUGGAAAGCAAUCAGUUGGAGUAGCUGGACGAGUGCUACUUGGACCACAUGGGCAAGAAGUGUUUGGGGUAACAUUAACAAUGUCCAAAGCCGACAGCGAAUAGCAGAGACAUCUGUUCCCGGAGCGGUUGCUGAUAAAGCUACCCAACCAAAUCCACAGGACAUCAACAUUAAUGUGAAUGCCAGCGGAAACAACAAUAACGUUUUCCAAAGAGAAGGAAGUGGACCAGGUUCGGGUCAGAUCAACAUAACCGUCCACACUGGAAACUACAGGGAAUCCGACAGUAACCUAACAAAUGUACAGGCUAACCUCCAUGGGUCGGAGUCAGGAGGAGUGGGAGAUGGCAAGGGUACAGUUGAGGAUGGAACUGGAGGCGCAAAACGUGGAAAAGAAGGAACUGGCAGCUCAAUAUUAGGAUCGGGUGAGGCAAACCCCGAAGGUGCAGGUCGAAAACCAUCUCGAGGGAAGGAUGGCAGAAGUGGAGGUGGCGAAGAUGUCGACUAUAGUGAAGGAGAUGAAGGAAAAUCAGGAGCAGGAAAGAAGGGCAGACGAAAGGGAAAAAGCGGAGGACGAAGCAGUCACGGCAUCGCAGGAAUUGAAGGUGGUGUAGAUAGUGAUUACAUCGAUGACUCGGGAGAUAUCGAAAAUAGGGGUAUUGACUACACAUUCGGAGAGCCCAUUAGCAGUGAAAAUGUGAAAGAGAAAGGAAAAGGAAAAGGAAAAGCUCGUGGGAAAGGAGGCAGACGUGGAGGAAAAGGCGGAAAAGGCUUGUUAGAUGGAGAAGAUGGAAGCAGCGGUGGCAGAGGUAGCAAAGGAAAUGAAGCAGAGGGCGAAGACGGCGGUGACGGCGAUGGUGUCAAAGAUGGAGCUGGUACUGAUGGAGAAGGUAGCGACGUCGGUCGUGGUGGCAAAGGCGGAAGUAGAGGUGAAGCAGGUGAAGCUGGAAGUGCAGGUAGAAAAAUAGCAAGAGGAGGAAAAGAGAAACAACUAAGGAAAGGAGAAAAGGGUGACGAUGGAAAAGGUGGCGCCGGAGCUAGCGAUGGUGCAGCGAGCACAGGAAAAGAUGGAGAAAGCGGUGCAGAUGGAGCUGCUGGCACCGCUGAUGGCAAGGACGGUAAAAAAGGCAGCGAUAAAGAAAAGGGCAAGAAAGGAAGCGGUAAAGGAGAUGGAGCACAUGGACGAGGAGGGCAAGGCGGUGAUGGAGGAGACGGAAAAGAUGGAAAAGAUGGAGCAAGAGGAGCAGGAGAUAAAGUUGAAUCCGGAGGUGGAAAAGGAGCCAAAAGCGGAGACGGCGGGAAAGGCGGAAAAGGUGCUGGAAAAGCAACUGAACUCGAAGGUGAAGAAGGAGAUGGAAAAGGAGGCAAGGCAGGAAAAAGAGGUAAAGGAGGAAAAGGAGGCAAAGGAGGAAAAGGAGGAAAAGGAGGUAAAGAAGGGAAGCCAGAUAAAGAAGGAAGUGAUGGAAAAGAAGCUGGCGCUGGAGGCGAGGAUGGAACCGGUGGAAAAGCUGGAAAGGCAGGAGGCAAAGGCGAUGGAGGAGUUGGUGGAGAUGGAAGCGAUGGAAAAUCCGGAGCGAGAACGGGAAAAGGCAAAGGAAGCGAAGAAGGCGAAGGAGGCAAAGGUGGACGAGAUGGUGCUGAUGGAGAAGAUGGAGCCGCAGCUGGAGAUAGUGACGCUGCGGGCAAAGGAAAAGGAAAAAGAAAAGGAAAGGGAGACAAGAAAUCGAAGGAUGGAGAUGAUGGUGCUGCUGGCACUGAUGGCGCCGAUGGCAUUGAUGCUGUCCGAGCCGGUUCCGAUAGAGCACCCAAAGAUGGUAAGGAUGGCAAAGCAGGAGCUGCAGGAGGUGAUGGAGAGAAAGGAAAAGAGAAAGGAAAAGAGAAAGAAAAAGGAGAUGGCAAGCACAAAGGCAAAGAUGGAAAAGAUGGAAAAGAUGGGCACAGCGGAUCUCAGCACGGCAGAAGUCAAAGCAGAGCACCCGAAGGCGGCGUUACUGGAGGAAGCACAGAGACAACGACGAAGAGAACGAUUGACAAGUCAUCCAGAACUGCCGAAGUCGCUGGUGGAACUGUUACGGCUGACCUCAGUACCACAGGCGCUACCAGCACUACAGGCUCUGUAACACCGGGAGAGUCCAGCACUGCUAAAAGUACAGGAGGUGGCGCAGAAGGAAAAGUCGAAGCAGGAGUCGAAGCAGGAAAGUCCGGAGAAGGAAAAGUCGAAGCAGGAGUCGAAGCAGGAAAGUCCGCAGAAGGAAAAGCCGAAUCAGGAGUCGAAGCAGGAAAGUCCGGAGAAGGAAAAGUCGAAUCAGGAGUCGAAGCAGGAAAGUCCGGAGAAGGUGCAAGUUCAGGAACUGGCGCAGGACAAGGCGAAGGAGCGGUAAAGAGUGCUGAAGCGAAACCUGGCAGUGGAGAAGAAAAGACCCGUGAAGCUGGAACAGGAGAGGGAGCAGGUGGUAGCGCAACCGGCACACAAGAAGCAGGAGCUGCUUCAAGUGAGACCGGCACGUCGACAAGAGAAUCUCAGGUCGAGGUUGAAGUAACUGACGGAGAUUCCUUCGAAAGUGGUGGGGGUGAGGCCACACCAGAGCAGGGAGGUACUGUCAAAAAGGGAGGUAAAAAAAGAGCCAAGGGCGUUAAAAACAGGCCAAGAGUAUCUGCUGCACCUGCAGCUGCUAAACGAAGAACUGUUGCUGAACAAGCAGCUGAUCCGAGAGCCACACAGAACGCAAUAGAUCGUUUGAAGAGGAUGAACUGCUUCCCUGCCGAUGCCUUGGUGACUACAGUAACCGGACAAAAACGAAUGGAUCAGUUGGCUGUUGGGGAUUACGUCUUGGUGCCCAGCGCGGGAGGAGUGUUGAAGUAUGAACGAGUGGAGAUGUUCUAUCACAGAGAACCUGAGACAAGAGCUCAAUUCGUUGUUCUGUUCACAGAGUCGAAGAAGAGACUAGCGAUGACUCCUCUACAUUUGCUGCCCUUCGGAGAAUGCAGUGCAAUGAGAAGGACCCUCCAAAAAACCGAUGGAGUGGACCGCUCAUUACGAGCAUCUCGCUAUGCAGACAGCGCAACUGUUGGAGACUGUGUGAUGACUGUGGAUAGGAAUGGCGAAGUAGCAGUUGAAAAAAUUGUUAAGAUUGGACGACAAAUUUCUACCGGAAUCUACUCACCUAUGACUGUUGACGGAGCUUUAGUGGUCGAUGGAGUUUUAUCAUCGUGCUUCUCUCAAGUGGAAAGUCAUACUGUGCAAAAGAUCGUCUACGACUUCCUCACAUACACUUAUGAGCUCUUUGGCUUAGCACCAGGCCGAAAUGUCGAACAACAAGGCAUUCCGUCAUUUAUCAACUAUGUCCACGAGUUGAGCCACUUCUUCCUGCCUUUCUCCAAAUUCUAA